GUCUCCGUUCCUCGCAAGCGACAACGCCGGAAACACGCUUCGUAUCAGAUAUCCUAUGAAUGUAUCAACUGAGUAACUACCCUUUCCAUUUGUACGUACUUCUCGGCUGCUGUAUUUAUAGGCAGCAGCUGAACGGAUGUGAAGGUAUCACAUAAUUCAACCAUGAGAAAUCGCGGAGUCGGCGGCACCACCUUCAGCUCCGAAAGAAUCUCCUUUGCGACCAGCACCCUCCGCACGACGUCAACGGGAAGGUGUAGCUGGCUCUCAACCACUAUCGUCGUUGGCAAACAGGGCCUGCUGCUUCCAACCAUCUGGCACUAUUCAGAACCAUUGCGAUCUAUAUACAAUUCUGCCGCGGCCAAGAUAAUAGACCACAUUAAGCACGAGCUCCAAGUGUGGCUACACGGUGACAUAAUCCAUCCCGUUCAACUAUCAUCAUGGCUAUCCCUCGAUGAGGCGCACAAUCUUGACCUUGAGCUUGCAUGUACUUCGCCAUUCUCGCAAAGUAUCGCGGCGUUAAGGGUUAUCCUUGACUACGUUGUGCAGGUCGGUAUCAGCGACGAAUGCUCCUCGCGACUCAUUCUAUGGACGCCUGAAAAUGUCCCCUCAGUCGAAUACCCCACGCCUUAUUUUGCUCUCUCGCACAAUAGCCCGUCACAUCAUGAUAUCGCUGCUAUUUUGGGGCUCUUGAGACAUGUGGGUCCCCAUGAGGCAGGCACAGACUACGUUUUCGAACGCCGCAUCAUGUCUUCAAUUGGCAUGCUGUUUCAUUCUUGUUCAAUUGGAUGUGUCCCCGGAACAGAUAGCAUGGAAUCUAGUAGCUCAGAUAUCCCAGGGCUAUACUCGUUGGUAAUGGCAGGUUGUUCUGACUUGAACGGAGAUGUAAGGACGCAGAUGGCUGAGCUGGCGCACUCCACACUCGAAAAGCUCGUCAAAUUACAUGGUCAUCAAGAUGCACAGCUACCAAAAUCGUACUUCGUCUAUGGGCUACAUGUGUCGAAGACAAUGCUGUCAAUAUUUGUCCACCUUCCAUGUGCUGUUUCUUCAUACGCUGGAGACCUUCGCCUGACGGAGUGUCGACAGAUUCUCAUUGCGCAACAUAGAGUCGCCCCGUUCUCCGAUGAGAAAUACUAUGAAUAUCAAGAUGACCGAUUCUUCGACCGUUGGCAGCUCCUUGUUGCCUUAUUCACAAUUCGGACUCACGUUCGGAUACUCGAGGAUCACCUGUCUAAUUCACUGAUGCAGCGUUCUCGCGACUCUGCUUGCUGUCUCCGUGAUGUUUCAGUUGACAGGGCAGAGCCAGCAAAUGCUGUUCGCCCCAGUCCCAAAAUAUCGCCUCAUGAUUUCUACUUCACCGGAAUGCGUGAACACUGGCGUGGAGCUCAAUUCCCUGUUCCUGCCACUUGGAUCCCUGCAGAUGGUUGUAUUAUUUCCUCGGAUCGCCCAGCAGUCUGGGACAUGGACAUAGUUGCUUUAUUAACUAGACACCUGGCGUCCAUCUACCUAUAUCCUCUGCGGCGCACUCUGAUCCCCCUGUCGGCGGACGACCUGAGAUCUAAUCACUUAGAUAAAGACUACUGUGGACCCGACUUCCUUCACAGACUCCAUACCCCUCGUCGUGAUGUGGAUAACAUCAAGUGGUUGGAAGUAGAUGACCACCAGGAGGACACCGUGCCACACUUGAAUCGACUAUACGACCUACUCAUGAUGUCGACUACGCACUGGCUAGAGAUCAAUCUCUUUAUAGCAAGUAUGUUCGCUAGUUUCUCCGAAUAUUCUGUUCAAUGGGCUCCAAAGAUACGAUAUCCUCCUCAGGUCGGUAUCCAACGCGUGACCAAUAUACAGGUUGACUUCGCGCUGGCUCUCCAAAAGAUCCCGGCCACAAUUAAGCCAACUAUGGAACGUGCGUCUCGUCUACCUUUGACUGCAUCCAGCCCAGGGAUACUAGUCGGCCUACGUUCGUUGAACAUGAACGAGGAUGGAAACACUGUCUCGCAGAAUGAAAUUCAAAGACUUGAAGCCGUCAUGAGGCCUCAUCUCCAAAUCCUAACUAUGUUUCUUCGCUACUGUUCUCGGCGAGACGGGACUGAAGUCCACCUCCCUCCAUGGGCUAUAUUGUUCUGUACUUAUCUCAAAGCAGGCUAUGUCCAUGUCUUUGCGUUCUCUCCCGAGGAUUGCUCGCCUCAAUUCAGCGUUAUCACGACCUUGGUGGAUCGCCUCCCGAUUGCAAGACAAUGUAGAGACAACGAACAGUUGGAGGAUCGCAUGCGUCUAGCAAUGGCGCUCUUCACCCUGCAACGCCACGUUGUUCGCGUGUGCACUCACUGGGAUGAUCCAACGUGGGCGCAGGAUGGUCUCAUUGAGGAGCACGAAGCUGUCGUACAGGUCACCGGUAUCAGCACACCGAGUCCGUCAUACUGCGAUGUUCCAGCCGAAGGGGAGACGAAGCGAAAGCGUAGACUGAUGAUGCGACUGAUUGAACAAGCUCGGAUUUUGGAUACUGAUGCGGACUAUCUCGAUGUUGCCAUUCCUAGCAGCUCUGAAGAUAGCGACGACAGCGAUGACAGCGAUAACGAAUACCGGUCAUAUUACACAAGUGAGAUGGAGGCCAACGAGCAAGAGGCGAAAUCAGAUUCUCUUGGUGCAAGAGUAGACAACUGGCGUAUAGAAUGUGACGUGACAUACUAAUGGGAGGAAAACUGUGGAGAAAGGGAUACCGAAGAGGAAGGCAUACAUCGUUUCCGUAAGGCAGUAAGGUCAUUCUGUACAUAAGGAGUUGAGAUAGUGAUCGAUCGACUCUGGGCAUGUCUUGGGUCGAUCUGUGACCCCGGUGUUGCAAAAUUCGCUACAGACAGCCUGGUCUCUGUCAACUUCAUUUAGAGCACAUCGUCUAAACCUUUUCCUAGAGUGCUAUUAUUUUUUCGGUCUCUUUCUGACAUUAACAAGAUGUACCCAGCUUCGACAAGGCUUAAUGUACGUGUUGACGAAGGACCUAUC